GUGCACACAACCGGAAGCGGAAGUUCUCCCUGAUUUCCGGGAGUCUCAGCUUCCAGUCGUUCCUUGUUAUCCAUCCAUCUUCCUUUUCAAAGCAUCGUAGGCGGCACACCAGGGACCAUGACGCAGUCAAUGAUACGCCGAACCCUUAAGAAUCUUGUUCAGAAUUUCUCAGAGGCCGAGGUGAAGGUAAGGGAGGCAACCUCGAAUGACCCCUGGGGGCCGUCCAGCUCUCAGAUGGCCGACAUCUCGGAUUUGACUUACAACGUGGUGGCGUGCAACGAAAUAAUGGGAAUGCUGCUGAAGCGUAUGAACGACGACAAGAACUGGAGGCACGUAUACAAGUCUUUAACACUCCUAGAGUAUCUCCUGAAAACCGGUUCUGACCGCAUUCCAAAGCAGAGUCAGGAGAACAUUCACAUCAUUAAACCUCUGGUCGAGUAUCGCUUCACAGAUAAAGACGGGAAGGACCAGGGUGUGAAUGUCCGGGAGAAAGCCAAGAUAGUGAUGUUACUCAUCGAGGAUGAGGAGAAACGUAAAGAAGAGAGGGAGUUUGCCAUGAAGACGAAGAACAAACUGGCAAAUUCCACUUCAGAGGCCAGCGACAAACCCAAGCCUGAGAUUCCUCCAUAUACGGGGCUGCCAUCCUUGGACAACAUCCCGUCUGUGGCAGAUCUGACCGCCAGCAUGGCAAAGAAAAAGGAAGAGAAGAGGCUACUAGAGGAAAAGAAGAAAGAAGAAGAACGACGUGCAAAGGAAGGCGACACGGAGCCAGACCUGUGGGAACAAGCAGCAACCGCAGCACCUCCUUCCAGCUCGGACCCCUGGGGAGCGCCGGCUGAUGCUCCUGCUACGAAUGACCCCUGGGGCUCACCGACAAACGACUCGCAGGAGUCCAACACGGUUUCCGGCGAUCCUUGGGGCGAGUCGGCGGACAAAGCGGUGGAUGCUGCCGUUCCUUCUAACGAUCCUUGGGGAGGUUCAUCAAAUGAGAAGACAUCACCUCCAGCCAGCAACUCUCCGUGGGGUGACUCGGGAGACCCUACAGAAGACAAAGGUUCGGCUACUUACGAUCCCUGGGGCACGACAAAUGACUCGGUAGCAAAUUCACAGCCAACAAAGACAGAUCCUUUGGGCACACCAGUGGAUUCUCCGGGCGAGUCUGCUCCUGCAGCAUCAGAUCCCUGGGAGACACCGUCGGAGCCGGGUCUCGUGAAAUCGGAUCCGUGGGGUGGGGAUAAUGCAGCUUCAGCAGGGACGCCCACUGACCCGUUUAGUGAGGGGCCCAAAGCUGAUCCGUGGGGAACAUUGGCCUCUUCACCACUUCCAAGCAACGACCCCUGGGGAGCUCCGGCGACUCAACCAGACGCAUCGGCACAAACUGACCCCUUCGGUGACGGAGGAAAAUCAGAUCCCUGGGGCGCUCCUGCUGAGAGUGCUGUAUCCUCAUCUCAGCCCACCGAAGACUCAAAAAAAUCAUCUAGCAAUUUCUUGGAGGAAGGAGCCUCGUUGGUGGAUUUCGACUCUCUCAUAUAGAAAGGAAUUAAGUGUCUUCUUUAGGCCAUUCGGAUUAGAUAACGUUUUGUGGGUAGAAGUCGUCAUUGUAGGUGUAACAGUCGUCGAUCCUUUCCUCUCAGCACUCCGUUUCAUUCCUCUGCUGACUCUCUUUUUUUUUUUUUUUUUUUUUUAAUUUGUUGCUUUUUUUGUGUUGCUCGUUGUACCAACGUCCCAUGGUUGCACCAAAUCAAAUGGCAGUGUUUUUUGAAGAGCAUCAAGCAUUUUCUUGCAUGCAUAAAGCUUCUAGUAGCACAACCAGCCCAUGACACCACCUUCUUUAGCAUGGUCCUGCCUUUAAAGGAUCUGCAGAAUGCACUAUGGGAUGUCUUAAUGGGGAGUGUUCUCACUUAGAUGUCUGUAUAAACACCUGAAGAAAUCUCUGUUUCCCUUUAUGCAUUCCCUUAUCAAAUGCCAGCUUAAAGCCUAUUGGGCAUAUUGUGACAAUAUUUUAAGUGUAGCGUUUGUGUCCACAGUGGUUGUCUGGAAGUUAUUGAACUUGGUUUAUUGCUGUCGGUCUUUCUCAUCUAGUGUUCUACUACGGCAUUAACGACAUAUCCAAAGAGUACCAGUGCAAAUUCAAUUUUUUUAUUUAUAUGGAUACUUUCUGUUUUAAUAAUUUAAUCUGGUACGUCAAUAC